GUGCACUUUGCGUUGAUCACCGACACGCAACAGAUCGGCUCCGGCCCCUUCAAGCUCGUCUACAAGGCUCGAUGGCUGAGCACUCCAGUCGCCAUCCAGCGCAUCCGAGGCAGCGGGGAAACUGGGAGGAGGGAGGAGUUGGCGAAGGAGGUGAAAGGGUUCAAGCAGCUGGGCGAACACCCGAAUCUUGUCCGCUAUCUUGCUAUCAGCAUAGAGCCAAUGUCUGGUGACUACUGCAUGGUGACAGAGUUUGCGCCCUUGGGGUCCUUGGAUGUCAUCUUGGCGAACCUUGCUGAGGACGGGGAGACAAUUGACCUGCUGGCGCAGCUGCAGGUGGCCAGGCAGAUCUGUGAAGGGAUGUUACGGCUGUCGCUGCGUAAGGUCGUGCAUGGAGACCUGGCGGCGAGGAACGUGCUUGUGUUCCGUCUAGAUGCGCAGAAUCACAUGGAUGUAAGUGUCAAGAUUGCUGACUAUGGGCUUUCGAUCAUGGCUAACCGCGCGUAUGGGGAGGGUCGAGCUGUAAGCGUGAGCACGGCAGGGUUGACGGCUCGGCCGAUGCGGUGGAUGGCGCCGGAGAGCAUCAGGAGAAGGCGGUUCUCGGAGAAGAGCGACGUGUGGGCGUUCGGGGUGACCAUGUGGGAGGUCUGGACGUACGCGGAAGUACCCUUCUGCACCAUUGAAGAUGAUGGGCUGGUGGGAUCCAAGGUACUUGAUGGGGACCGACUCCCGAGGCCCCCGUCAUGCCCGGCAACAGUGUACGGCAUCAUGCAGGAAUGCUGGAGGGAAAAAUCAUUUCAACGGCCAAGUUUCGGCGAUUUAUGUAAAAGGCUCCAGAAAGAAUAUGAAGCCAAGGCAAGAGCGAGAGUUCGGGGAGUGGCAGGAGAUAACCAGCAGUGCGUCUGCGUCCUCUGCAUGGAGCGGAAAGCUGACUGGGCGCUGAUACCCUGCGGACACCUGUGUCUCUGUGAACAGUGCAAGGAUGGAGCGACUGACAGGCCAUGUCCACUUUGUCGCUCCAAUCCCACAAGCGUGAACAAGAUUUUCUGA